GUGACGUAUUUCCGGUGGUAUGUCAGCCCGCUGCGAGUAGCACAUGGCUAAAAACACGGCGGUCUUCUAGUGUUUCACCCUGUUCACUGGCGUUUAAGUUAAAGAUAUCUACAGGAGUUUACAGAUGGCUGAAGUGGUGCAGGAGAAAAGUCGAGGAUUGACAUUUGCUGAGAAGCAACUUAAACGUCAUGGUUGGAAAGAAGGAAAAGGGCUGGGCCGUGAGGAAAAUGGCAUAUCGGAGGCCAUCAAGGUUAAAGUAAAAUGCAACAAGGGAGGGGUGGGCCACAAGGAAGGAGAGCAGUUUACUUUCCACUGGUGGGAUCACGUCUUCAAUAAAGCUUCAUCCAGUCUGCAGGUGGAGUCCGAUCAGAAUGGCAUUGUUUUGAAGAAAACAGAAGUGAGUGAAGACGAUGGCAGUCCACUCUCCAAUAAGAAACCUCGGAAAGCCUCACUGGCUAAAGCCAAACUCUAUGGAUGCUUCGUAAAGUCGGCCACAUUGCUGUCUGGUCAGGAACAACCAGAGGCAAAGUCUUCCAAGUCAGACGACAGUAGCAGCAGCAGCAGUUCCGAUGAGGACGAUGAUCAACGACUGGAUCUCUCCAGCACCACCAAGAUUUCUGAUUCUGCUCUAAUGAAGGCCUGCGGAGGGCGAACUGCUCACAAAGGAGCCAGACACGGUUUGACCAUGAGUGCCAAGCUAGCCCGCCUGGAGCAGCAGGAAGCUGAGUUCAUGGCCAAGUACGGCAAGAAGACGCUCUCCGCUAGCGAGGCAACAACUGCGGGCAGCUCUCAGUCGACAGACCAGGAAGUCGUGGGGAAGAUAGAAGAAAAUUCCACAGUUAAAACAAAGAAAAAGAAAAAGUCCAAGAAGAAAAGUCCUGAGUUAAUUCCUGUAGUGGAUGAAGCCAUUCCUGAGGAGGGUAUUAAGACCAGUAAGAAGAAAAAGAAAAGCAAAUCACAAGGGGUCACAGGGGAAACGAUUCAGCCGGUUGCUCUUCAAGAAGAAGUGGUACAAACUGAGGAAGUCGAGCAUAUCCAGGUGACCAAAAACAAACAUAAAAAGAAGGGAACCAGCACUGGGGAGGAUAUGACAUCCUCCGAGUUUACUGGUCAGGAAACGACCGCUGACUCUGACAGUAAAAUGAGAAAGAAGAAAAAGAAAUCAUCCAAACACUAUAAUGAAGAGGAGAACUGUGACUCUAAAACCAGCUCAAGAGAGUGUGUCGAUCAAGAUUCGGAUAUUGAGGAGACUGAACCCAGUGGGACGCAGAAAAGGAAGAAGUGUAAAAAGGACAAAGAGGGCCAUGAGGAGGAGCUGAGACCAAAGAAGAGGAAGAAGAAAUCAAAAGAUGCAUAAGUUACGACAAGCUGCUUAUUAUAAUAAAAGCAUGAGAAGUAGUUGGUCAUAAUAUUGUGGCUGGUAAUACAUUUUUAUGCCGUGAAUGAACUGUGCAUGGAACCUGAUGGAUUUUGUAUCUGUUUUUAUUGAUGAAAUUAAAUGUACAGCUGAAAUUUGCAUGAGCUCAUCUGUCACUUUAAAUGAAAGCUUCUCUUCUGGUAAAGAGGAAGACAGAACUUCCGCCACGUGUACGCUCCAGCUGCACUCAAGACAAUCGUUUCCAUUUCACUGUCUAAAAUGAUAAGCCGUGAGCGUUCUAAAGAACGUACCUGACCCAGACAUAGAAUCUUAUGGCUCAGGCCAAUUGUCUAAGUUGAAGUCAGAAGUCAGCUAUGCUUCUGUGGAAGAAUGUAAUGUUUUAACUAGAGGUGGAUGUGAUGUUAAAAAACAAUCUAAUUAGAGGUUUUAUUAUUUAUCACUCGAGAUGAAUCGUAUUUUAAUAUGUGCACUAGAAUGUGUGCUCAUAGGCUGAAUCAGGAUGGAAGUGCUCCAGUGAUGCAUGAACUCUUUGCAGCGUGAAGUACACAGAACACAAUAUCAUUUAGUCUCCUUCAUGUUUUGGUUAUGACAUCACACUGUAUGUGGAAUUUAUGCACAGAAAAAUGUCCCCUGGCAAAGAAACUUUAAGUGGGAUUAAUCAGCUGUUAUAUUUGAAUGUAUUUACUUCAGAAAAAUGAAUGUCCCAGUCCUAGUUUUACCUUUUAAGUUUGUACAACUGCAACUGUUUCACCACUAGAACUUCUGUUUAGUAUUCCAGAUCACACCUCUGACACACUGUUCAUCAUCAUGUUGAA